AUGACGGCGCCCAUGUUCCUGGAGUCCAGGACCAGACACAUCAGAGCAACGUGGGCCAAACGCUGCGAUAAAACCCUGUACAUGAGCUCUGUUAGUUCUGCCUUCCCCACUGUGGGACUGAAUGUGAGUGAGGGGAGGGAAAACCUGUAUUGGAAGACCAUCGAAGCCUUUCGAUACAUCCACAAGCACCACAUGGAUGAUGCAGACUGGUUCUUGAAGGCAGAUGAUGACACAUUUCUUGUUGUGGAGAAUCUACGUUACUUGUUGUCCAAGUUUGACAAAGAGAAACCGUUGUAUAUGGGUAAGAGGUACAGCCCUUUCGUUAAUCAAGGCUACAUGAGCGGAGGAGCAGGUUAUGUCAUCAGUAAGGAGGCCCUGAGACGGUUCGUCAAAGGGUUCGAAACUGGAGAAUGUACCCACUUCUCCAGCAUAGAGGACAUGGCUCUGGGGAAGUGUAUGGAGACGAUGAAGGUGGAGGCUGCAGACACUAGAGACAUUAAAGGGAGAGAGAGGUUUAACCCUUACCCUCCAGAGUUACUUAUGACCAGACAACUGACACGAUCAAGGCCAUGGUUCCUAUCAUACGACACCUAUGAAACCCAAGCGGUAUGUACAGUGACAGAGUAAUAAUUUGGUUCUGUCUUUGAUGCAGACCUCUUUUAGAUCUAUGUUCAGUCUGCAAGUAGAUGGGAAUAUGGAUACUGAUACCAUCUGCAAUUAACAAAAUGUUUGUGUGCCAAACUGAGAUAAUUUAAGGUUGUUGUCAGUCUUUUCUUUUCUCACAUCUGACCUGAUCUUUUCUCUCUGUGUGUCUCUGCAGGGUCCAAACUGCUGCUCAGAUUUUGUUGUGUCCUUUCACUACAUAAAGCCAGAGCAGCUGUAUGUUCUGCAUUACCUGACAUACCACCUGCGGGCAUAUGGAUACAAAUACAGAUUUAACCCUGAUGAGCAAAAUCCUAAAAAACUGCAGAUAUAA